CCGAGGAGAAAGCAGCCAGGAGGAACAUAUUCAGGUUUAUUCCAGAAACUGCUGCCCGCAAUGAUGAAAAGUUUUGCUACUUUUUUUUGCCUGGCCCUUUCAGUUAGCAUCUAUCAGCCCCCUGUUACUGAAAGCAAGAGGCUACAUUUUGGGCAAUGUUCAUUGACAGUGAACUUACAAGAGAUUCGAGAUUACUUCUCAGAAAUCAAGCACAUUAUUCAAGCCGAAGAUACCAUCACUGACACCAGGCUUCUGACUGAAUCCGUUUUUCAUGGCAUUCAGGCAGAGGAGAGCUGCUGUUUUCUGCGCCACUUGUUGAGAUUCUAUGUGGAGACUGUCUUCAAACAUCACACUCCAUCUAGCUCCCUCAUUGAGAGGAGGACCAGUAGCUUGGCCAACUCCUUCCUCAGCAUCAAGCGAGAUCUUCAGCAAUGUAGUAUGCAAUUCAAAUGCCACUGUGGAGAAGAAUCCAAAGUCAGGAUGCAGGAAAUACACAAUGCUUUUGAAAAUUUGGAUCUUAAUGUUGCUGCUGUAAAAGCCAUUGGUGAAGUGGAUUUUCUCAUCCAUUGGAUGGCACUGUCUCACCAGGACUAAGCACUAUCUCUGAGUACAGCACAAAGAAUGUGAUAAUACAAGAUGGUACCAAGAAAUGUAAUACUUGGAUAAGGGAUGAGUACCUAAGAUCUUCACAUUUCCACCUUCGCUAUAAAUCUUUCAGUUCUAGCACUUUACCUAUUAUACCAGUGACCACUAUUUAGU